AUAGAGAGGACACGAAAGAGAAACAGGUGUAACGCCCGACCACUCCCCUAUUACAAGUUUGACAACAACAACGUUAACUUUUCGCUUCUCGACCGCGGGUUUUUUGGAUUAACUAACAGAACAUUUAUAACAAGAAAAGAAACGAACUCAUUGAUCGAACACCUGUCGUUAAUUUGAAUACAGGAUUACAGUUCACUGUCAGUUGCUGAUGACAAACAAGAUCAUGAUUUAGACUGAUUUUCACGGAUUUACCCGGAUUACUAAAGACAUGCAAAGAAUUACACUUCAUCUGGAACUACCCGUCUCACCUUGCUAUAGGCCAUAACAGGUAACAGUUGGAAGUGGGACUAGCGCAGACACGAUGGCGCUGAGUUCGAGAUCUGGAGAUGAAGAGAUGGGAGUGGAGGACAUGAUAAACUUGAGUGUUCUCAAUGAAGAAACCAUUCUGAAGAACUUGAAGAAACGAUAUGGCCAGGAACACAUUUACACGUACACUGGGAGUAUCCUGGUGGCAGUCAACCCGUACAAGAUGUUCAGUAUCUACGGACUCGACAUGGUCAAGAAGUACGAGGGCCAGGCGCUUGGUUCACUGUCACCACAUAUUUUUGCUGUGUCGAGUUCUUCAUAUUGCAAGAUGGUCAAGGAUACAGAAAACCAGGUUUUAGUCAUCAGUGGUGAGAGUGGAGCUGGUAAGACUGAGAGCACGAAGCUGGUGAUGCAGUACCUGGCGGCCGUGAACAAGUCCGGAAACAACCUCAUCACCGAGCAGAUCCUCGAGGCUAACCCUCUUCUAGAAUCGUUCGGAAAUGCCAAAACCAUACGCAAUGACAACUCAAGUCGGUUCGGAAAAUACAUUGAGGUUUUCUUCAAAGAAGGUUCAAUAGUUGGUGCUAGGACCUUAGAGUACUUACUGGAGAAAUCUCGCAUUGUAACUCAGGCCCCAGAUGAGAGGAACUAUCAUAUAUUCUAUGAGAUGCUGGAAUCUCUGACUGAGGAACAAAAGUCACAAUUUGGCCUUCAAACGUCCUCCAAAUAUUUCUACCUCAAUCAGGGGGACACAACUAGCAUCCCAGGCCGUGAUGAAACAGAAAACUUUCGCAAAGUGCAGUCUGCCAUGGAAAUUCUCAACUUCAAGAAAGAUGAAAAGGAAACCGUUUUUAAGAUUCUGGCCUCUGUCCUGCAUGUGGGAAACAUCUACUUCAAAUCAGUAAACAAUGUUGACAACCAUGAUACAGUGGAACUAGGCAGUGAUGCAGAGAUCAAGUGGAUUGCCUACCUGCUGGGACUUUCUGAAGACUGGCUCAAACAGGCUCUCGUCAGUAAAGUCACAGAAGCAAGAGGGGAUAGAGUUAUCUCCCCUUACAAUUUUGAUCAAGCUUUGGAUACGAGAGAUGCCAUAGCAAAGGCUUUGUACAGUCGUUUGUUUACGUGGCUUGUGGAACGGAUCAACUAUGUCAUUUGCCGAGGGGAAAGAGAGAAAACUACUUCUCUAGCUGUUCUUGACAUUUUUGGUUUUGAGGACUUCAAGAUCAACAGUUUUGAGCAGCUGUGUAUCAACUAUGCCAACGAGACACUGCAGUUCUUCUUCAAUCAGCACAUCUUCAAGCUGGAGCAGAAGGAAUACACCAAGGAGAAGAUCCGCUGGCAGCACAUUGAAUUCAAGGACAACCAGCCUACCAUUGACCUGAUAGCAACGAAACCUGCUGGAAUUCUUCACAUUCUUGAUGAUGAGUGCAACUUUCCACAAUCUACAGAUCUGUCAUUCCUGGAGAAGUGUCACUACCACCACCAUCAGAACAUUCUGUACAGCAAACCACGCAUGUCGGACCCAGAAUUCUGCAUCGUUCAUUAUGCUGGCAGGAUCAAGUACAGCGUGAACCACUUCCUGGAGAAGAACAAAGACACACUGAGAAGUGACGUGGUGGAGCUGAUGUGUGAAAGUAAAAACCAGAUGAUUUCUCAGAUGUUCAAGGACAUGCGUGAUCGGCACAUCACCAAGACACUGAGUAAGACGACUGGUCGCUACGUGACUCUCAAACCGCAGAAACCGACCGUGGCGGCGAGCUUCACCGAAUCUCUUCUGUCUCUCAUCGACACCAUGUCCAGAUGUAACCCGUACUUCGUGCGGUGUAUCAAGCCCAAUGUGAGCAAGACGGCCAUGUUGUUUGAGGAAGACGUGGUACAGGAUCAACUCCGAUACAGCGGCAUGAUGGAAACAAUCCGAAUACGCAAGAUGGGCUACCCGAUCAGAAUCAAGUUUCCACACUUCAUCGAGAGGUAUCGGUGUCUGGCUAGGAAGUUCAUCAUCUCCUCUAGCACUCUGCCAUCAGAAGUGUGUGCUAAAAUCCUUGAAACUCAGGGACCGCAGUUUUCCAAACAGUAUCAGAUUGGAGCAACCAAGGUUUUCAUGAAGGAGAACUUCGAACAGCAUCUGGAUGUACAGGCUAUCAAAAUUCAGCUCGAUGCCGUUAUUCGCAUCCAGAAGUCGAUGCGCGCGUUUCUGGCCAGGAAGAAGUUCCUCAAAGUGCGCGAGUCGAACAUCAAGAUCCAAACAGCCAUCAGAAGAUACAUCAAAAGAAAGAGGUUUCAAGUACUUCGUCAUGGUAUUACCCUACUUCAAGCCCAGCAUCGCAUGCGCAUACAGCGCCGACGGUUCCUGGUGGCUAGAGAACAGAUGCGACAGCGAAUUGAAGCUGAGAGGCUAGUAAGACGAAAACAAGAAGCUCGUGAAAAAAUGGAGAGAGAGCAGAGGGAAAAAGCAGCAAGAGAAGCAGCCAGUGUUUCUAAUCUUGAAAUUCCCGGAGAGCUGGCUUUCAUAUACAGCAGACUGGAUGAGUGGCAGCAUGUUAACAAUGCCGAACACAUCAUUGCUGUCAGUAGUGGCAUCCACCCCAUCGACAUGGGCUACAGACUUCCCAUCGACAUCAACUCGCAUGUGUUCAGCAAGUACACAAGUGUAUAUUUCAAGAAUCCUACAUGGGGUUUUCAAGCUGAACCAAUCAGAACACCUCUUACAUCUGUGCAAGGGGAAGAACUUAUUCAUAGAUCUUGCUCCAUCUUCAAGUUGAUCCUUCGUUUCAUGAUGGACCACAAUAUGGGUGAAAAAAGACUCAAAGUUCUUGCUGAUUACAUUGUUCAGAUGGGUCUGCAGUAUGAGGGUGUGCGCGAUGAAAUUCUGUGUCAGCUUAUCAAUCAAACUUGGAAGAAUCAAAAUGUGAUGAAUGCAGAACGGGCGUGGCUGCUCAUGGCUUCUUGUCUGAGCUGUUUCUCCGCGAGUCCCACCCUCUUCAAAUACCUUCUCAAGUAUGUGUCUGAUGUGGGCAUGAAUCAGUUCAAGGUCAUUUGCCAACACAAAGUCCUGCAAAGUGCCAACAUAGAGCCUCAGUUGUGUCGCAUUUACCCCCCUUGUCUCUUGGAGUGGGUGGCCAAUCAGAGGAAGGCCAGCAUGGGACUGGAGGUUAAAUUUCCUGAUGAUCAUAAUUUCAUUGGUCAUGUUGAAUCUUGGACCUCUGGAGAAUUAUUCACUUCUCAGCUUCUGAAAGCAAGAGGUUUAUCUGAGAAUGCUCAUGGCUGGACAGUUGUUCUGAAGGACGACCUGGACUACUACGAGCUCAUGGGAUAUGAUUUCGUCCUUGACCUCAUCAGCGAAAUGGAAAUUGUCCCAGGCUUCCCAACAUGCAAGGCGUACUUCCUGGUGUCAUGUGACAGGAGUCAGGAGCGGCUCAGUCGACAUCGCCACGUCCAGACAGAAAGUGCACAUAAUCCUGACAAAGAACGCAUUAUGGUGGUUGUUGGCCACUUGCCCAAAUCUACACGGAAAGAGACAGUUUAUUCGACCUCAGACUUUCUAAAGCAAACCGAGAGGAAUGGUGUGGAUGAUGAACUUGUGAACAUCUACAGGCAGUCAAAACAGCUGAGAGACGAUGACACCCUGAACAUUCACCGCCAAGGCCGACAGUCGGAGAGAAAAACUAAAUACGACAUCCGCAGUUCACAGAUUGCCAAAACUGUCACCCAGAAUGAAGAUGACGAAGACCUCAAGUUUUCCAUGACGAGCGUGCUGAACCAGCGCCCAACCGACAUCAUGAUCGGGCUGUCGGACACGAAACUGAACGUCCGAUACAACAAACGCCGGGCGCCCACGCCUCCCAUAACAAACGGCAUCACCAACGGGGUCAUGACGAACGGCCACAUCACCACGAUUCAAGAAUCAGAUGUGAGUGAGCAUGAUCUGUCUGCUAACAGGAUAAACACGAGGUAUUUCCCAAAUGGCGAUGUGUCUCACAGUGAAAUGAAUGGUGACCUGUCGCCCAAUAAGCUGAAUUCUCGCUACGUGAAGUCAGGUGGGAAAUCGGCGCUGGCCAAGACGAAGCCGGGAACCGCGGAACACAUGAUAUCAAAGAAGGACAAGAGAGACCGCAUGUCGAUCGCGUCGGACUUGUCGGGGGCUAAUUCGGAUUGGUCCCACUGGGUGGAGGAUGUCUUCAGCAAUGCCCUCAAUGAGCAUGAUGACCUCAGCGAUGGGAGGUCACUGGAACAGAGAAUUAAAGGAGGUGGCAAAGGUGUUCCAGGAUUGCAAACACAACAGACAACCAUUCCUAUUCUGCCAGUUGGGCUUGGAUUGACCCAAACAAACGUGACCACUCCUAACAUAGGCCUGCAGAAUGUUGAUUCAGUACAGCAGCUGGUUGCUCAGCAUCUGGCACAGCAACAGCUGGCACAACAACAACAUCAACAACAAGCACAGGCACAACAACAACAACAACAACAAGUACAACAGCAACAAGCCGUUCUCCAGGCGUAUAUGCAAGCUCAGCAGCAGCAGCAACAACAAGCGGCUCUGAUCCAGGCCGCCCUGCAGCAACAACAGCAGAGUGCCCAGAGCCAGCACCAGCAGACGGCCGCCUUGAAGGCUGCCCUCCAGCAGCAGGAGCUGCAGAACAAGCUGCUCAAACAGUCCAUAGAGCAGGAGAUCCUGAAACAACAGCUGCAGCAGAUGCAGCACACCACCCACCCGGCCCCUGUUGUACCUCCACUAGGUCUGGGGCUCGUCAGCCCUGACAACAGCUUCUCAUCCAAUGUUGGCUUCCCUCCGGAACUUGCAGUAUCCAUGGCCACAGCAGGUCCCAGCAUACAGACCAGAACCAGGACCUUUGCACAUGUACCUGCACCUGUACCUGCACCUGCACCGUCAGCUCCUGAAGUCCCAGCCAAGAAGGUCUCGUUCAUCAAGUCUUCGUUCGAGAACAAGGCUCCUGUUGUCAAUACGGUUGUGAACACUGUGAACCAUGUGCCUGUGCUGCAAAAGGUUACCGAGGAAUCAAGUCAGAGUUCAGCGUUUCAGAUCGGCUCGCAGGACCAAGGAGGUGUUGUCACGACGAUAAAGUUUCCAGCGCGGUCAGACGAGCGCUCAGACAGGCCAGCCAGAACGUCCGCGUCACCACCUCCACCUCCCCCGCAACCACCACCUCCACCAGAACAGUUUGCAGACUCUCCCCGCCUUCACUCCCAGCUGAAAAGUCCCCCAGUUCCUCCUCCCCCUCCCCCAGUCUCAAUGGUGAGCAGAGAAGAGCCAGGGUCGUUCACCAUCAGGGACCGUGAGGGCAGGGCCAGAACAAUCCGAGUUGGGAGGGUGGUGUGGCCCCCGCCAGUCCAUCAGGAGGAAAGGAAGGACAUAGAAGUUGGAAAGCUGGAGAUAGAUGAGCAGGUGGCCAGGAACCUCAACAACAGAAUGAUGGGCAAGAAGUGGAGUCGCCCGGAACUACCGAAAGAACAGGAGACACAGCCCAAGUCCAUUCUCAAGAAAAAUGAACAGGGCCUACAGAUGCGAAGAACCAAAUCUCUGGUUGAAUCAGCUGACCACAUCAAUACUUUGCGUCUGCUGGAGAUGAAGCUGGGAGGAGGAAGUGCGAAAUCUCAGACAUCCGUGGAGACGGCACAGCAGACCACGGACACAUUGAAGAGAGCGCAGUCGCCGGAAUAUUCCACUCGGAUAGAACAAGACCCUCCACCAUUGCCAAACCGACCACCACCGAAGAAAUUUGCAGUCAUUGAAACACAAACCACAAUAACUCAGAAAAACAAAGAGAUCAAGAGCUCAGAAUUACGCGAGUCUGGCAAAUACAACAGAAAGAUUGAGCCUGAUACCAUACAGCAGGAGGUGUAUACGAAUCGUAUUGAACCAGAUAAACCGGAGCCCCAAGUUCGGUCAAGACUCGGCGAGUCGGGUAUCUAUGCCUCACGUAUUGAGCCAGAUCCUGUGCCAGUCAAACAAACAAAGCCCCAGAUAGAUUUUGCCGCUUUCGAGAAGGCAAUCACAGAGCUGUAUCCACAGAACAAGACCAACUUCCUGGUUUAUCACAAGGUGCCGUGGGUUCUACAGAUCAGAAAGGAGGUUUUCUGGCCUGCUGAGAAGCUGGAGAAACCUCUGGCUCUUCAUCUCAUCUACUGCCAGAUCGUCCAGGACGUCCACAACAUUGGCUGCAUCCGGAUCAGCAAGGAAGAACGCACCAAAAUGAGGGGAACACUAGAGGGCUAUGGUGUCAACAGAGACAACUUCUUGGUUCAAGACAUUAACACCAAAGUGAAGAGAAUCAUUGUGGACACAGCUAAAGAAUGGCCGACAUAUUUUUGCAGACUUUUCCCUGUUGCGUCCAAUGGCCAGUAUGCAGUGGUUAAAUAUUUCGGUGUUAACCACACUGGUCUCCGAAUGAUCGCAAGAGAAAAGAGUAUUGUGGAUGAUUUCCUGUCUGUAAUAGAAGAAAUACGAUUUGUUGAUGUUGUAACCUGCAGUAUGUUGACGAGUACAGUGAUUGAACUACACCUGAAAACCAAGUCUCUCAUCUUCUACACUCCACAUGCUCGACAGUUGAAAGACAUGGUUGAUAAAUUCUGUUCAGAAAGUGAAAAAGGAAACAAGUAUGUGGUAGCGACCAAGGACUAUGUGACCCGGGAGUCGACACUGCUGAGUUUCCAGCGUGGAGACAUCAUCAAACUGGUGGAGACAGAAAUGCAUUUGGACAGUGGAUGGCUGUAUGGAUUGCUGAAUGGCGUUGUGGGACUGUUUCCAGCUGAGUAUGUGAAACCACUGGCAAGGCACGAAAUAGAAACAACAGACAUGAAGGUGCAUUUAGCGAGACCUCCAAGUAGAGAAGGGCACCGAGAUGACCAGAGUGAGACCAGUUACGGAACUGCUGCCAACAUCACUGACGGCAAGUUCUCCAUGAUGGAGUUCGCCAUGCUGCACUUCAGGGAGAGCGUUGACAAGUUUGAGAUGUUGCGAACAGAUGAUGGUUCGAUCAGAGGAACGAUUAAGAGAAUUGAAAAUGCCAAGUUGCAUAAUCUGCAUCAGUCGAGGCAGCGAGGUGAUGGUGCAGACUGGUCUUGGCGAGAGCAAGCUGACCUUAUUAAAUGGACCCGUUCUCCCAUCCAGGCAUCUCUUUUGAAACUUCCAACAACUGAACUCAACAAGCUGGCACUGGAAUGUUUUGUCUCCAUUAUGAUGUUCAUGGGAGAUUACCCAAUGCGACAUAAGCAGACUGACUAUGACUGUGUGAUGAAGAUUCUCAGGGCCUGUCACAAGUACCCCGAGUUGAGAGAUGAGGUUUACUGUCAGAUGUGUAAGCAGACGACAAGCAACAGGAGCAUGAAGGGAAAGAGUGCUAUCCGAGGCUGGCGCCUGUUUGCGCUGGUGGCGGCAUUCUGUGACUGCUCAGACACACUGCGACCGUAUCUGUUCAAACUGCUGGAAACCACCAGCAUGGACACCACACGCACGUUCAGUCAGUCUGCCGCUUUGGUUAUUCACAACCUGAGAAAGACGUUUAAAUAUGGUGGCAGAAAGAAUGUUCCUUUGAGAGAAGAAGUGCAGGCACUUGCUGAUGGGCGGACGUGCAAGCGCUUCCCGUUCAUCUACAGUGGAUCAGACUCACACGGAGGAAUGCUACAAGUCAAGUCUUGUACAAUUGUGCUGGAUGCAAUCUUUGACAUUUGCCGAGGUCUCAAUAUUUAUGAUCCAAUUGAGAUGGAUGAAUAUACACUCUUUAUCCGAACACGAGAUGCCAACUUCAACAAGCUUAGCCGAGAGGAAUACAUCCUAGACGUGACGGCCGAGUUUGUCCGCAAGAAGAUGGAAUUUGAUCUGAUUUUCCAGCGCACUGUGUGGUUUUUCCCGAUCCGACACAUGGACAAUGAGGUUUACGUGGACAUGAUGUUUGAGCAGUGCAUUCUCGACUUCCUCGAUGGCCUGCUUGUGGUUCUAAACAAGGGAGAUAUUAGUAAAGACCACCAGAAUGAAGUUGCGAUCAUGGGAGCUAUGCUGUUCAAAGGUCAACAACAAGUUGGUCUCCCAACACUGAAAGAUCUAGAAAUACUGGUCCCCCGCACUGUACGCAACCACCCCGACAUCAAGCCGCAGCAGUGGCUCAAUCGAAUCCAUGACAAGAUGAUGGAAACCAAACAACUUAGCCCAACUGAAUGCAAAGCCAGAUUUAUAGAAAUUCUUUCAAGAUGGCAGUUAUUUGGAUCAACGUUCUUCCUUGUUAAGAACAUACCAAACGUGGGACGAGACGUGAUGCUGGCAGUCAACAAGAAUGGAAUUCAGUUCCUCAAAAAAGGCACUCAGGAAACACUAGUGCAACAUCCAUUUAGUGAGAUUUUAUCAACACGGCGUUACCGUAGUGACUACAACGUUAACUACUUGGACAUGAAGAUUGGAAAUCUUAUGAUUCAGAAGAUACUAAGAAUAGAAACUGACCAGGGAUCAGAUAUCUCCAAUUUGAUUGGUCAGUACAUGCAAGUCAUCAACAAGUACCGCAAACGACCCGACAGGCCCAGUCCAGUACAGAACUAAACUUAGCAUGGAAACAAAACUGUGAAAUGUUCAGAUUUGUCACAAAAACAAGUGAAACUAUUUGUUUUCUAUAAGAAGUGCAAACAUACACAAUGUUUAAAUAGUUAGUGACUGAAAAUAAUAAAAUUUGUUUAUACAUUAUCUGAAGAAAACCAAAACACACAUAAAAAUGUUUUCUAAAGAUACUCUGACAAGAUAAUUGUUUUUAAGAUGAAGUGAAUCUUUUCAUAUUUCCCUCUUUUACAAUUGUGCUUUUUGUUUUAUGUUUAAUAUAUGAAUGAGGAAAAUAUGAUAUGUGACUUUGGAAUAUCCAGCAAAUUUGGAGAGGAUAAGAAACUAACUUUUGUGAUAUUUUUCGGGUAUAUAAACAAAAUGAUGGCAUCUUUAUACAUUCCAGACAGAACAAGUUGUGGAAGGAAUCUUACAUGAAAUGGAUUCAUUGAUUCCAAAAUAAUGAAAUACAGAAGAUAAACCAACAGUGAUGUAUAUGUAUUUAAUCCCCACUUUCACCAUACCCCACCCCCCUUUUUUUACAGGUUGUACAAAUUAAUAUGCAAGAAGCUAUAUAAUUAUACAUAUCAACUAGUAGUCCUUAGAUGAACUUAUUUGUUUUGUAGAUUGUUUGUUUUAUAUUAUAAUGAAAUGUUUGGAGACUCAUUACAGUACUUCAAAAUAUUACACUAUGAAAAUGUAAAUAGUUGAACUAUAUAUAUAUAUAUAUUGUGGUAAAAUAUUUGUGAAUGAAAAGGACAUAUCUAAAGUGACUUUAUACAUAGGGGGUUAUUGUCUAAGGUUCCCAUAAUUAUAGCAGGCAUGGGUGUAUAAUUAUGUUAUAUAUAUAAUAUAUAAAUAUUAUAAGCUAUAUAUAUAUAUAUAUAUAUAUAUAUACACAUGUGUAUAUAUAUAUAUAUAUAUAUAACAU